GAGAGAGAGAGAGAGAGAGAGAGAGAGAGAGAGAGAGAGAGAUAGCGCAGGCAGUGGAAAAGCGGCACAGUGACACAACAAGGGUGAAAGUGGAGAGACAAUUUUCCGUAAAAGGCGUUACGUAGCCCAGCGAGGUUUUCAUGUUUAUUCCGCUAGAGAAAGAAGGGGCGGCCCCUGAUCUAGAAACAACCAACUCUGUCCCUUGUCCUCUCAUAUGGGUCUAACGGAGGAAAUAGCCUACUAGAAUAGAACAGAGCUUUAGACUACUACAUUGUGAUAGCCUACAGUCCUGUCUGGAGCGAAGCUUUAGCACAAACUAAUAGAGUGAACACUACAAUAGAUCAGAGGAACAGCUCGAGCGCCAAGAUGCCCCUGGCACAGUUGCCAGAUCCCUGGCAGAAGAUGACACUGGGGCGGGCGACGAGCGAGGAUGCCCAUCGUCAUGUUCUGGAGGACUCUAUUGGAGAGGAUGAUUCUAUGUCCUGUAACGAGGACGAGAGUGUCAAUGAAAUCAACAUCACCAACCAUACCAAGGAGGGGUCAGAGAAGGGUGACCCUCGACAGUUCGAGCUCCGCAAGGUCCUAGGACAAGGCUCCUUCGGAAAGGUGUUCCUGGUCAUGAAGGCUACAGGUCCAGAUGCAGGACAGCUCUAUGCCAUGAAGGUUCUGAAGAAAGCCACACUGAAAGUGCGUGACAGGGUGAGGACUAAGAUGGAGAGAGACAUUCUGGUGGAGGUCAAUCAUCCCUUCAUCGUUAAACUGCACUAUGCAUUCCAAACAGAAGGGAAACUCUACCUCAUCCUGGACUUCCUACGAGGAGGAGACCUCUUCACACGACUGUCUAAAGAGGUGAUGUUCACAGAGGAGGAUGUGAAGUUCUACUUGGCAGAGUUGGCCCUGGCGCUGGACCACCUUCACAGCCUGGGCAUCAUCUACAGAGACCUCAAACCAGAGAACAUUCUCCUAGACGAGGAGGGACACAUUAAGCUGACGGACUUCGGCCUCAGUAAGGAGUCUAUAGACCAUGAGAACAAGGCCUAUUCGUUCUGUGGGACAGUGGAGUACAUGGCUCCGGAGGUGGUCAACAGGAGAGGUCACACCACCAGCGCUGAUUGGUGGUCCUACGGCGUGCUCAUGUUUGAGAUGCUGACCGGAACACUACCAUUCCAGGGGAAAGACCGCAAGGAGACCAUGACCAUGAUCCUCAAGGCUAAGUUGGGGAUGCCACAGUUUUUGAGUUCCGAAGCCCAGAGUCUCCUGAGGAACCUUUUCAAACGCAACCCUACUAACAGGCUAGGGGCCGGCCCAGACGGAGUGGAGGAGAUUAAAAGACAUCACUUCUACUGCACCAUAGACUGGAACAAACUGUUCCGUAGAGAGCUCCACCCUCCCUUCAAACCUGCUACGGGACGACCUGACGACACCUUCUAUUUCGACCCAGAGUUCACCGCUAAAACACCCAAAGAUUCCCCGGGGGUUCCGCCCAGUGCCAACGCCCACCAGCUGUUCCGAGGAUUCAGCUUUGUAGCCAUUACAUCAGAGGAAGAGACACAACCACUACAGACUACUGUAGUACAGCAGCUACACAGGAAUAUGUCCCAGCUGUCAGAAGCAUAUGAAGUCAAGGAGGAAAUAGGACUGGGAUCAUACUCUGUCUGCAAACGCUGUAUACACAAGGCCACUGGCAUGGAGUACGCGGUUAAGAUCAUCAGUAAGGCCAACAGAGACCCAACAGAGGAGGUAGAGAUCCUAAUGAGAUACGGACAACAUCCCAACGUCAUCACACUGAAGGACGUGUUUGAUGACGGUAGGACAGUGUAUCUGGUCACAGAGCUGAUGAAGGGAGGAGAGCUGCUGGAUAAGAUACUGAGACAGAAGUUCUUCUCAGAGAGAGAAGCUAGCGCUGUCCUAUACACCAUCACCAAGACUGUUGAGUACCUACACAUACAGGGGGUGGUGCACAGGGACCUGAAGCCCAGUAAUAUCCUGUAUGUGGAUGAGAGUGGGAACGCUGAGUCCAUCAGGAUCUGUGACUUUGGUUUUGCCAAGCAGCUGAGAGCUGAGAACGGCCUGCUGAUGACGCCGUGCUACACAGCUAACUUUGUAGCUCCAGAGGUGUUGAAGAAGCAGGGUUAUGAUGCUGCCUGUGACAUCUGGAGUCUAGGAGUCCUACUCUACACUAUGCUCACAGGGUUCACUCCGUUUGCCAACGGUCCAGAGGACACACCAGAGGAGAUCCUGGCUCGGAUCGGCAGUGGGAAGUUCUCUCUGACCGGAGGAUACUGGAACUCUGUUUCAGCAGAGGCCAAGGAGCUGGUGUCUAAGAUGUUACACGUGGACCCCCACCAGCGUUUGACAGCCGGCCAGGUGUUGUGUCAUCCCUGGGUCACACACCGAGACCACCUGCCCAAGUUCACACUGACCAGACAGGACGCUCCACACCUGGUCAAGAGCGCCAUGGCAGCCACCUACUCUGCCCUCAACAGGAACGUUCCACCUGUCCUGGACCCCGUGGGAUGUUCCACUCUAGCCCAACGGAGGGGGGUGAAGAAACUCACCUCCACUGCCCUCUGACCGUUGACAUUUCACCUCAGACUUUAUAACCCUGCUGGAGCUCUGCUCAGACAGACAGACCUGGUUCCUCAAAUGACCUGGACAGAACUCUGAUGCACCUGGGACCCCCCUGACCCUGCUCAGUUAUUAACUAACCCAGUGGUCUUCACCCCUGGCGCUGGAGACCAGGGCUGGAACUACAGCCUAUAGCUCUGUUGGACCAGGGAUGGAACUACAGCCUAUAGCUCUGUUGGACCAGGGCUGAUGGUGACCACAUUGUAGCGUCUCUCCAGUCUUUGCUUUGGACAAUUCAUGUUGCCUCUAGACUCAAGAGACAAUAGUCAGGAACAUGAAUGUGCUGUAUUUAGAUGUCUGCACUUCUGGGAACAUUUGAGAUACCUGCAUUAUGCAUUUAAGACCCAUAUUAAAAUGAUGAUGAACUGUAUAAUGUAGCUCUGUGUAUAAACCUAAGUAGCCUCAAAGACAGUACAAUAUGAAGAUGGGCUAAAACGGCUUCUCCAAUAGAAAUCCCAGACCACACUUUUCGGCAAUGUUCUGGCGAUGUUGGCUAGCUAAGCUCGUGCGUAGAAACAUGUCAUCGGGUCUAACGGUCGCCUCGUGUCAAAUCAAAGGCACUCCUUCCAUAUCAUUUUUUGGGAAAAUGUGUCCGUUAGUUAAUUUCACACGGUUGGAGUAAUAACACGAUCAACUACUUAAGAAAUUGGAUCAAUUCUAGGUUGUGGAUUUAGAUUUUGAGAAAAUGAACAACUAAGGAAGAAUGUUUUACUUUUCUCAUUGACUUCACAACCCCCAAACCAUGGUCAGCUUGGUCUGUUUCGCAAGCGUUCACAGAUGUCUAACGAUGUUGCAUCUCUGGGUUUAGAAAAUCUGUGGUAACCUCUUCUGUGACUAAGUCAUCAGACAGGGACAAACCUAGUGAUGUCAUCAGAGUGAGAGCAGGUAGAGCUCCACUGACCCCGCCCCCUAUGUAGAGACAAGCUCCUCCCAGUCAGCCACAACAUCCAGAGUGAGGCCAGUCUGGACUGAGGUCCAAUCAUGGCUUUGGUGGGCCAGUCUGGGUACAGCCUGCCCUGUCCACGCCACACCUCAACAUUUACAGACACCAAGGGAAACCUGAUCCUCGACCAGUGUUAAGCAGUGGUUAUCUGGACAGCGAGUGUGUGUAUAUGUUGAUAUAUGCCUUCAAAUGCUCCUCAGGACUCCUCUGAACCUUGUUUCCCAGUUCUUAGGUACAUUUGAAAGCAGCAUGCUUGGAUGACGCCAUGAGGAGUCUGUGUCCGACACUGAACUGACACUACUGUUCCAGUACAGCAGCUCAGGUUUCUAGAUGAAAUACCAUGCAUUUUAUAAGUCCAUUAACUGUGUCAUGUAAGCACACAGGUGGGGUGGGAGAGGUCCAUGGAUGUAGAAAUGUGUGGAUAGAAGAGACAUAAUAUUUUAUGCUGAAUUGAACCCUUUAAACCUGCCAUCUGGAAUGGCAUGACACAGUUGUGGAGGUAAUCCAGUAUGUUACUGUAUGGGCCAGCUGGCACCUGCUGACUUCUGGUCAAUCCCUUUAAAGCACUGUCUGUCUAAUUGAAUGAAAAAAUAUGUAGCUACAGUAUCAAUGACUUGUAGCAGUAGUAUUGAAUUAAUGAGCUGAUCCUGGAUCGGUGGAAAACUCCUACCUAUGCGAUCGCUCUCCCUCAGCUCUUCUGUAUGUGUUGUAACACAGUCUUUCAGGUUCUGCUUGACUGGUAGCAGAGCUGUAAGCUUGUGUGUUUGAGAUGUCUAUAUGUUUUUUCCCCCUUCCAGUUUGAGAGUAGAUGAGAUGUAUUUUUUCUCUCCUUCCUCUGUCCCUAUCCAGUGGAGAUAGUGUCCCUUCCUCCACCCCUGCUGCUGUCUCCUCUCUCUGGUUUUGUAUCUCAGUGGAGUCACAGUAGGGCUUUGUAUUGAACAUAAUAAAAAUACCUUCAGU